AUGGAUCAAAGUAAAUUAAGGUAUAUUUCUUAGGGUCACUACAACUUGGUUGUUGAUUGUUCAGAUAUAGAUUCUUCUAUACUAAUCAUAAAAGAAAAACUUUAAGCAAUCAAAACAUUAACUCUUUCGUUUGAAAGAAUUUCAAUAGAUAAAACACUUAAAUUAAAAACAAUAGGUCCAAAUGUCAAAAAUUUAGUCCCGAUUAUUUCACAGAUAAAUGAAUUAGGGCUUGUGUUAGACCUAGAUAGCCAUGAUUAAAAUUUAUUUGAUUUUGUUGGAUUGAUUAAAAGGAUUCAUCAUCUAACUUUAGAUAUUCAUAAUACUUAGUCAGCGGAACUAGCUUUAUCUCUACUAAAAAUGAUUGCAUUAGAGAAUUUAAAUACAUUCUAGCUUGAUCUUUUUAGAGCCUGUACCAAUAACAAAAACUUUCAUAAAAAUAUAUUGUUGAUUGUAUUUAAAAUGAUCAAUCUUUAAUCAUUAUCUUUAAAUUUUGACUUUAAAGAAGAAUUUCCAGAGCAAAAUGAGUUAGUGUUCCCUAAGCUAAUUAACUUUUUGUUUAUAAAAGGAGAAGGAACUGGCAAAAUUGAAAGCUUAAAACACUUAACAAUACCAAAUCUUAAUUUUGUAAAGUUACAUUAAUUAACUGAAUUAGAAAGCUUAAAGAUCACUAAUCAAAUAACUGAGAAUACAUUAUUCGAAGACUUUUGCUAUUUGUCCAGUUUAAAAACAUUUAAAAUAACAAGAUAAAUCAAUGAAGAAGCUAAAUUUCUAAAUAGAAUAAAGUAUCUACCAAAAGACUGUGUUGUUCAAUUAUCAACAUACUAUCUUGGACAUAUACAAAGUUUAGGUCAAAUCAAAGAUAUUUUUUUGGAUAUAUAAAAUAAUGGAUGUAUAGGAUCGUAUGAGAAAAAUAUUGAGGAGAAGAUUAGAGAAGCAUGUAAUCUUACUCCAAUUAUUGAAAGAAAUUUAGCUUUAAACACGGAUAUUAGCUUCUUCAAUACAGAUUUCAAAAUAAGCGAACAUUUUAAAGUUUAUAUAAAUUAAAGAGGUAUAAAUAUGCUCAAAUUGAUUGCAUAUAGAAAAUUCAUAUCUCCAUCUUUAUUAACAAAUCCAUCUUUGUGCUUUUUUGAUUUAACUGAAUGA